GUUUCUUCAGUUAUACGUGAUACGAACCUUACCAUCUGUUGAUACGUCGAUUCGUAAAAACGAUUGGAAUGUUUCCAUGACAACUGUGACCGCCGUUACUGUUCAAUUUAGCGAGUGAUCUUGACCAGUCAUUGGUUGUUGACAAAGUUUGACCAUGGUAAACAAAACAAAAGUAGCCAGAAUGAAGGAAAGGGAGAGAAUUGCUGCAGUGCUAAAGACAGCUGUCCUGAGUCUCUGUCAGGAAAAGUACAAGAAUCCUAUUGAAGUUGAUGCCUUGAUUUGUGUAGCUUUAACCCCUACUGACAACCAUGUGGUGAAAAUUCAUGAGACUCUAGGGCAUUUUGGAAAUAAGGGCUUAGGGUUAGUAUCACAAGAUACAAAUGGUGAGCAAAACAUUUGCAAGGUGUCAAGCAUCUGGUCAAUGGGCCCAAAAUCUAAACGGAAAAGGAAAAACACAAAUGAAGAUAUGCUGAUACCAAUGCAAGGUGAAGGAGAUUUUACAGCAUGGCAAACAAAAGAGAAUUCUGAAAAGUUGUCAGAAAUUAGUACCAAUGUAUCAGGCUCAGAAGCAUUGAAAAACGAUACACCAGUGAAAAAAUAUCCUUACCUAGUCCAGACCUUGUGUGGAGAGGAUAACAUGUAUCUCAGCACUGUCAGUAAGGAUGUGUUGAAGAAAGAUAUGGAAAAUUCUGUAACACCUACACAACCGAAGGAACCUGCUUCUGUAGCAUCCAUAUUAUCAGGGUUGAUGAUUCCAAUGAGUGCAGCAUCAACACCUAUCCAACCUGUACUACAAGCAGAGAGUCAAACCGUUACACCUGCUGAAACCAGCAUACGUCGAAAGAGAAAGCUUGAUCGUGGAGAGAUAAGAAGGGCAUCUCCAGAAUCAGUGACUCAAGAAAAUGAUGAUGAGGAUGGUGAUUCUCAGGAUUAUACCUUGAUUAAAGAGCAAAGUGAAGAGAAUCUCUAUGACCAGAAGGUUUCAGACAAGGAGAAUGUUGACUCCAGUGUAAAUAAUGAGGAAAGCAACAGUAAUCAAACAAUAAGCGAGACUUUACCAGGUGGAAUAGUGAUCAAGGAAGAACCAGUAUGGAGCUCUACCGAGGACACAGAACCAAAAUGGCCGACAGAAAAUGAAGACGAAAACAACAGUGAUGUUGAUCAAAGUCAAACUUCCAGCACAUGUAAUACUCCAACAUCAUUUUUCCAGUCACAAACUGAGAGCACAGAGAAUCCCAUGGAAAUGUCUGUCACUUCAAUCAAGGAAGAACCGCAAGAUUCUGACAUCGGCGAACCAGAAAUGGAGAUUGAUACAGAUAUUGAUUCAUCGCAACUUGACCAGGGAAGAAAUUCUGAUUCAGGCAUAAUUUCAGAAACAACCAAAAACUCUAUUCUUUUGAAAAUUCUGAAAGGAAAAAGUUUAGCUGAAGCUUACAAGAGCAGUGUUCCAACGGACAGGUUUAGCAACAGUGGUAAUAAAGAAGGAAAUUCCAGCUUGACUAAUCAGCCUAAUGUAGGAGAGGAUCAGGAUAACUCCCUCGUGUACAGGCUACCAUUUGUGUCAUUCCAAGACUUAUUUCCAGGAGAAGUAUCUGGCAAUAAAAGUCAGGUAUCAGAAAAUGUUUCAGUCACCAGUCCUAUUGAAACAUCUAUGAGAGUUGGAGCUGCUCUCACACCCACAGAACAUGCAAAUCGCAAGUUUGAGUUGCUAACAAGGUCGCUACUGGAAAAGAGAAACAGGGUAAAAGGACCAUAUUCAACAAGAUUGUCGUCUGGAAGAAAAAACCCUGUUAACUACACUGAAAUGGCUGAUGUUGGGUCAGAUUUGGAAGCUAGUGACGACUCUGGAUCAACAAGAAGUGAGCAAGAUGAUUCCUACUCUCCAAGGUUACAGGGAAUGCUUGAAGACGAUGAAGAAAAAAGUAAACGACGAAGAAAGAAAGGGAUAAAUCGCUCGUCAGAUUUAUCCACUUAUAAACAGAAGACUUCUAAUGUAAAAUAUGGCAUGGAAUCAGAUACAAACUUGAAAUAUGACAUGACAAAUGAUCCAAGGUCCAAGCAAUCACCAUCAUCAAAUCUACUGUUGUUUGCCUGUAGUAUUUGUGGCAGUGAAUUCUCGUCACGUGCUGAACGUGAUCGCCAUGAGGAGGAAGAGCAGUACAGUGAAUUUGUGAAAUGUCCACUUUGUAAUGGAUAUUUUGGUGAUGAAAUGUCAAAAAGAAAGCACAUGCGAGAACGUCAUAAAGUAUGUGAAAAAGAAUUGAAUGUUAGGCCCAGUGGUGGAGGAUCCAGUGGGGAACUCCGUGCUCUGGAAGUACCCAAAUUCUCUGAAGGGAUGCUGACAUACCAUACAACACAAUGUCCGAUGUGCUAUAGUUUCUUCUACAGUGAAGCAGAGAGAGAUGAGCAUUUAAAUAAAGAACAUAAUGUGACACCUGUUACACAAUGAUAGUGGAUUAAUCAGUCUGGCAACCAUUCCAGAGAUACGGGAUCAUACAUUCAUAACACAGUAAUGAUAACAUUGAUAGUUGUCACGCAUAAUUGUGGGUAGACCUCUAAUCUUAAAAAUAUCAUUAAGGAGGAUUGUACAAUUUCACAUAAAAUGUGAAUCACAUGUUACACAACACCCAUCCAUCACAAGAUUAUGGAAGAUCAUACAAUUUGACAAUUGCCACUUCAAUAGCAGAUUACAGGUGGUAUGUAUCGUCACACUAAAUGGUGGACCAAGCAAUGCAACAGCCAUAGUAAUACAAUAAAGCAUCACCUGUAUUGUAAACAUCAUACCUAAUUGUUGAUUAAACAAUGUGUGCCACUUAUUGCACAUAGAUUGCAGAUUGUCACAAAAUGUUGCAUGGUAAUGACAGUUUAAUGAGCUAAUUGACAACAUGUUCCAGAACACUUGCAAAAUGUAGCAUGGCACCAAUCAAACAGUUAUGGUAAUAACACUAUAUUUUAAUUGAAAAAAUUAUGUACAUUUAAGGUCUUGGACAGAUUGUCAGUUGUACACAAAUUUAUGAAAGUAUGUUGUGUCGUCAUAAGUGUACCAGUGGGAAAAUUUAAUGUUCGAUUUAACAAGAAAUUUUUAACAGGUUAAAGAAUGGUUUUCUUAUUUAAGAUUUUUACUCAGAUUUUAUUUUCUAUAUUGAAUUUGAUAAGAUUUGACAUUUUUGUGUAAAUAUAUUUUGAUAGUAAUACUGGAAACUAAUAACUGGAUAUUUUCACAGAAUUGAUAAGGAUUCGGGUAAUUUCCAGAAACCAAGAUGACCAAGAAUUGAAUACAGUAUUACCCUACUGUAAAAUCAUUUAUCAUUCAGGGCUUCAAUUUCAUAAAAAAGAAGAAGAAGAAUCUUUCUUUGCAAUAAUUUCAU